UCUAAUUGCGCGGUAAAAAUAAACCGGAAAGCCGCUGGACGGUUGUUGUUGUGCCGCCUCGUCAUUUUGUGUCUAACCUCUUGAAACUGAGGCUCGUCGAAAUGCCCGCAACCUCCGAAAUCCACAGCGAGGAGCAGCGGCGGGAACCCGCCCGUGAGGCCGAGGCCAAGCGGGGCGCCGAGCAGAACCAGUGCGGGCUUUUGUGUGAUGAACGCGGGUAUCUCGACCUGGUGAAGUACAUCAUGUUAAAAGGGAAAAGGAAAGGAGACCGAACCGGAACCGGAGUUCUCUCCGUGUUCGGUGCUCAGGUCAGGUACAGCUUGCGAGACCAGUUUCCUUUACUGACAACCAAGCGAGUUUUCUGGAAAGGGAUUCUGGAAGAGCUGCUGUGGUUCAUCAAGGGAUCUACAAACGCCAAGGAGCUGUCGGACAAAGGCGUCAAGAUUUGGGACGCCAACGGCUCCCGCGCCUUCCUGGACAACCUGGGAUUCACGGAGAGAGAGGAGGGAGAUCUGGGACCGGUUUAUGGGUUCCAAUGGAGGCACUUUGGAGCAGAGUACCAAGACAUGCACACAGAUUACACAGGAAAAGGAGUGGACCAGCUGCAGAACAUCAUCGACACCAUCAAGAAGAAUCCAGAGGACCGGCGGAUCAUCAUGUGUGCCUGGAACCCCAAAGACCUGCCCCUCAUGGCCCUGCCCCCCUGCCACGCCCUCUGCCAGUUCUACGUGUGCGACGGCGAGCUGUCCUGCCAGCUGUACCAGCGGUCGGCUGACAUGGGGCUGGGGGUGCCCUUCAACAUCGCCAGCUACGCGCUGCUCACGUACAUGAUCGCGCACAUCACAGGGUUACAGCCCGGGGAUUUUGUUCACACUCUGGGCGACGCCCACGUCUACGUCAACCACACCGAACCUCUGGAAGAACAGCUUCAGAGGGACGUCAGACCCUUCCCCAAACUGAAGAUCAAGAGGACGGUGGCGAAGAUCGACGACUUCACAGCUGAAGACUUUGAGAUCUGCGGCUACAACCCACAUCCCGCCAUCAAGAUGCAGAUGGCUGUCUGAAAUGAUUAAGUUUUAGAAAGCAGAUCUAUUUUGUUUGCAUCAGUUGUACAGUUGAACCUCAGAUCCUGCUUGGAGUGAUUUCCUAUACAAUCCAUUUAAAGUUUUCUUAUAUUUUCUGCACAUAAUAUGAUUAUAAGAAUCUUUGGGUGAGCUUUCUGGUGCACUUACACCUUAUGUUAUAUGUUGAAUUGUUCAUUGU